AUGUCCAAUAUUUCAUCAACUCCUCUCCCACUCGAUAGGAAAUGUUCGCUUGCCCUUAUCGCUCCUCUGGAAGCAAUUCUAUUCGACAUUGAUGGAACAUUGUGUGAUUCAGAUCCCCUCCAUUACUAUGCUUUCCGUGAAAUGCUUCAAGAGGUAGGCUUUAAUGGAGGGAUUCCUAUCACUGAGGAAUUCUACAGUGAACAUUUUAGUGGAAAGAACAAUGAGUAUCUUUGCAGUACCGUCUUUCAUGACUGGGAUCUCCAAACAGCAAGGAAAUUUUUGGACGACAAGGAAGCCAUGUUCCGGAGAUUGGCUGCUGAACAAUUAGAGCCUGUCAAGGGUCUGGAUAAGUUGCGCAAGUGGAUCGAAAAUCAAGGCUUCAGAAGGGCUGCUGUAACAAAUUCUCCAAGAGCUAGUGGCGAGCUAAUGAUAUCAUCUUUGGGGCUCUCGGAUUUCUUUGAAAUUCUUGUUAUCGGAGUUGAAUGCACACGGGCAAAACCAUUUCCUGACCCUUACUUGACGGCUCUCGAAACACUUCAAGUGUCUCACAAGCAUGCUUUCAUCUUUGAGGUUUCUGGAGUAGCAGCUGGAAUGCCAGUAGUUGGUUUAGGCACAAGGAAUCCCGAGACAUGGCUGACUGAUGCCGGAGCCACUUUCGUUAUUAAAGAUUUUGAGGACCCAAAAUUGUGGGAAGCACUGGAAGAGUUGGAGAGGAAGGCAGAGGCAACAACAGUUGCAACUUGA